AUGUCUUUACAUACCCAAAUUCUAAAAUCUACCAUCGAAACAAAGAAAAGAAUAUCAAUGCCAAUGACAGAUAGCAGCAACCAAGAAAUCGAUUCGCAAUCGUCAUCGACGAGUAGCACUGGAGUUGAUUCACAAUCGUCAACGACAUAUUCUAAUCGACGAUCACAACGACGACGAACAAAUGUUCAACAGAACUUACGGAGUAGUUCAUUAACAACCACUAUCCUCAAUGAAAAUGCUCAUACGAACGAUGAUCUAUCAGACAUAACGAAAGAGAACGAUAAUCAUCAGAAAGAAAGACGUUCAUCACCAGUAAUCAUCGAUAAACUGGUUUUUAAAACAGCGAAAUUAAAUAUGAACUCAUCGUACUGGACGGUCACUGAUCGACAAGCUGAAUGGUAUAAAUUAACUAUUCCCGUGAAUCAAUCGACAAAUAAUUGUGCUAAUCAUGCAAGUCAAACAUCAUUGAUCACACCCUAUCGAUUAUUACCAAAUAUCUUCGAACGAAAGAAAUCCAGUACGAAUCUAAAUGAUCAAAAUGAGGAACUAACAAAUUCAACUCAGUUGAUAAUGAAAGUAGUCAUGCACGAACUGGAUUAUGACAUGGAUGAUGAUGAUCUAAAAUACUUCGAGGCAUUGAAUGAAUCGACGAAAAUCGCUGGACAACAACGACAAAUAACAGAAGAAGAAUUCGAAAAUGCUAUUAUCAUUCUUGAAUACUACACAGCCGAGAAAAUACGUUUACAUCUAAAACAACAAUCUUGUGACGACGAAGACAUUGUAUGUGAUAUCUGUCUACUACCUGACGCUGAUGAUGGCAAUGAAAUGGUCUUCUGUGAGCGAUGUAACGCAUGUGUACAUCAGAAUUGUUAUGGAAUAUCAUCUAUACCGAACGGCACGUGGCUUUGUAAACCGUGUUCAAUUGUCAGACGACCAGCGUGCUUACUUUGCCCAAAAUUUGGCGGGCCAAUGAAAUGCACACCAAGCGGAACAGUUUGGUGUCAUUUAACAUGCGCACUUUGGCUGCCGGAAUUAAAAUUUGGUGAUUACGUCAAGAUGGAGCCUAUAUUAAAUUUAGAUAAAAUUCCACAUGCUCGGUGGACUCUUCGAUGUGUUGUGUGUUCAACGUCUGAAGGUGCUUGUGUUCAAUGUGCUCAUAAAAACUGUCGAACACCAUUUCAUGUCACUUGUGGUCUUUCGGCUGGUUAUUUUCUCGACGUCCAACAAACGUCAUCCGACGGAACGGCUUCUUCACGUUCUCAGUUUACUGCCUACUGUCUCAAACAUUCGCAAGGAGCUCGCCAACGUUCUGAACCUGACUCAACAUUAAUUACCAGCACUAACGAUGAUUCUGCCUGUCAAUUCCCUUCAAUUCCACUCACAGUUUAUCAUCGCCAGAAACUUAAAUCUGACGAGUGGACUUCAAAAUGCUACGAAGAUUUCCAUACAUUCAUUCAUCCCUCUCAUCUAAACUAUGAGUGUCCUCAAGAUUACGACCCAUCGACGUCGACCAAGAUCUAUAACUAUUGGAAAAACAAACGGAUUUCCAACAAGAAUCUGCCAUUGAUUAAACGCAUUGAUGUCGUACUCGAUCAACGCGAAAAUGCCGAGUUACUUUUGGCUCAGAUCAAUAACAAUUUGAAAAUGAGAAAUAAAAUUCGUCAGCUUCAGGCAUAUUGCAAAUCGGCUUUAUAUAUUCCAUCUGUUGCUUCACAUUUCAAUCAGCGACUUGACAAUUUAAGAUUGAGUCUUGCACGAAAAACACCUCAGUACCCAAAAUCCUCUCAUUAUAAAAUAAUUGAAGAUUCGAAACGGUGCAUAGUGGCAUUAGAAACGACUUAUCGGGACGCACUUGAAUCGAACACAACGUAUCUCGUUGGCGAAACAUUAGAAGGGGAAACGAUGUUGCUACCAAAACAACUAAUCGAACAAGCAAAUGUGAUUACAAUCAAUGACAAUGACAAUGCCAUCCCUGAGGAGAAACAAACCGAAGAUAUGUUUGAGACAAAUCAUUUGGAUACAUGCAAUGUAACCAAACGUGAAGAGAAGACAGUCUCGCUAAGAGACAUCCUCAAAACACCUUACAGUUGCGAGGGAAAUGUCGUGCGAUGUGUCACAGGAUCUUUCGACUAG